AUGCUUUGGAUUACGAAAUUCUCCGGCUUUUUCUCCGCCGCAUUAACAAUGAUUCUCCUUUCUCCUUCACUUAAAUCAUUUUCUCCGGCGGCAGCAAUCCGAUCAUCGCAUCUCGACGCUUACUUCAGACAUUUACCUUCCUCCGAUCACUCUUCCUACAAAGAAUCUCCAAAAUUCAAAAAUUCCGAAGAAUGCAGAUUUUCCGGCGAAGAUUCCGGCGUCUGUAACCCAUCCUUCGUCCACGUCGCUUUAACCCUCGACACUAUCUACCUCCGUGGCUCAAUCGCCGCCGUCAAUUCCAUACUCCAACACUCAGUUUGUCCGGAAAACAUCUUCUUCCACUUCCUCGUCUCCGACACAAACCUAGAAUCUCUAAUCCGGUCGAUUUUCCCAAGAUUGAAUCUUAAAAUUUACUAUUUUGCCCCUGAGACUGUACAGUCUUUGAUUUCAUCUUCAGUGAGACAAGCUUUAGAACAACCGCUAAAUUACGCAAGAAAUUACUUAGCCGAUUUGCUCGAGCCAUGUGUGAACCGGGUUAUUUACUUGGAUUCGGAUCUUGUCGUGGUCGAUGAUAUAAUAAAGCUUUGGAAAACGGGUUUAGGUCCGAGAACAAUCGGAGCUCCGGAAUAUUGCCACGCGAAUUUCACUAGUUACUUCACCGGGAAGUUUUGGUCCGAUGAACGGUUUAGUUCGACGUUUAAAGAAAGAGAUAAUCUUUGUUACUUCAAUACAGGAGUAAUGGUGAUUGAUUUGAAGAAAUGGAGAAGAUUUGAGUACACGAAACGUAUUGAGAAAUGGAUGGAGAUUCAGAAAAUUGAGAGGAUUUAUGAGCUUGGUUCUCUUCCUCCUUAUCUUUUGAUAUUCGCCGGUCAUGUAGCUCCGAUUUCACAUCGGUGGAAUCAGCAUGGACUCGGUGGAGAUAAAGUUAGAGGUAGUUGUCGUGAUUUGCAUGAUGGUCCGGUGAGUUUGCUUCAUUGGUCAGGUAGUGGUAAGCCAUGGUCAAGACUUGAUUCAAAGCAUCCAUGUCCUUUAGAUACAUUGUGGGAACCUUAUGACUUGUUUAAACAUUCCCAUUGA